AUGGCGCACACUCACUCUCACGACGGCAGCGCGCCGCACUCGCACAAUGGCUUCUCAGCUCAAGAGCACGGCCACUCUCACGAAAUCCUUGAUGGCCCCGGCAGCUAUAUCGGACGAGAGAUGCCCAUCGUAGAGGGCCGCACCUGGGCUGAUCGUGCAUUCACAAUUGGAAUUGGCGGUCCCGUUGGCUCAGGCAAGACCGCUCUGAUGCUGGCCCUCUGCCUCGCCCUCAGAGAGAAAUACUCUCUCGCCGCCGUCACAAACGACAUCUUCACCAAAGAAGACGCCGAGUUUCUCACCCGCCACGCGGCUCUACCUCCCCAGCGCAUCCGCGCCAUCGAGACCGGAGGCUGUCCACACGCCGCCGUCCGCGAAGACAUCUCCGCCAACCUCGCCGCCCUGGAAGACCUGCACGCCGAGUUCGAUUCCGAUCUUCUGCUCAUUGAAUCCGGUGGCGACAACUUGGCUGCAAACUACAGCCGCGAACUGGCCGACUUCAUCAUCUACGUUAUCGAUGUCAGCGGCGGCGACAAGGUGCCUCGGAAAGGAGGUCCUGGAAUUACGCAGAGUGAUUUGCUGGUCGUGAACAAGACGGAUUUGGCCGAGGCUGUGGGCGCUGAUUUGGGAGUCAUGGAGAGGGAUGCGAGAAAGAUGCGAGAAGGGGGCCCGACGGUUUUCGCGCAGGUGAAGAAGGAUGUGGGCGUGGAUCACAUUGUGAAUCUCAUUUUGAGUGCGUGGAAGGCGAGCGGUGCUGAGGAGGAGAGGAGGAGUCGUGGAGGGCCGAGGCCGACGGAGGGUCUGGAGGCGUUGAAGAAGGAGGCUUAG